AUGACCAAGGACCUCUCAUUCUUACCAGUCAGCCUGCUGGCGCUCGUCGCGCGGGUUGCUGGCGCACAACUCCCCUAUACUCCUACCUCGAUAUUAGCCUCUGAUAAUGGCUCGAUAGCCUACCUCUUUGCGCCACAGCCCGACUCCUCUCUAUGUACUCUGUCCCUGUACAACGUCACAGACACACUCGAUAUAUCAUCCAAGCCAACGACAUUGCUCGAGGAAUUGCCCUUCUUGUCGAGCUCGACUUCUAAGCCGUUCUUGCCACUAGUUGACGAGGAAGGUGUCACAGUACUGACCGGGGACUGCGCGAAGGGUGCAGAAGGAACAGAAAUAUGGAGAUAUACGCCAAAUGAUGCAUACACUGAAGGUUCAUGGAGCCAGCUCAAGGUCGCUGCGGACCAACAUGGCAUCUCUGCCAACUACCUAUCCGCUGGGCUUGCCUUUCCCGCCACAGACAACAUGGCUUCCACACUGUACAUUUUCGGCGGCAUGUGUCCAAACUCGUCGACCAGCACAAACGAGAACUGGGUGUCCAAUGCCAACUACUCCUCAACCAUGUUAGCAAUGACACCGCAAUCCCCAUCGGAUGCUGAAUCGCCAUAUCAAAUCUCCACAACCGGCUUGCGCGCACCGCCAAUACCUGAAGCAGGGCUGUCUAUGACACCUCUUGUGCCCGCCUUCGCUGACGCAGGGGAACCUUCACAGCAGCAGAAUUUUGUCCUGAUUGGGGGUCACACCCAAAACGCAUUUAUCAACAUGUCGCAAGUCGCUCUUUUCACCCUGCCCCAAGCGUCGUGGGCUUUUAUUCCCGUCAAUCAGCCUGGCUCUAAGGAGAAUACAGAGCUAUUACGUCGCAGCGCCGACUUCGUGGAACCCCGAUCUGGCCAUACUGCGGUCCUUACCCAAGAUGGAUCCAAAAUUAUCGUCGUGGGUGGAUGGGUCGGGAGCGUGGACACCCCCGCUGAGCCGCAAGUCGCGGUACUCAAUAUUGGCCAAGGAUAUGGGGGCUCGGGCGACUGGACGUGGAGUGUGCCCGAGAGCCCCGGUCCGUUUGCUCCAAAUGGGGGCAUCUAUGGUCACGGUGCGACCCUGCUUCAGGGAGGUAUCAUGGUGAUCGCGGGAGGCAUCAACAUCAAUGGAGGGGUUUCCAAGCUUAAGCGGCAAACUGCAAGCAACUUUCACUUCCUGAAUACAACCUCUAUGCAAUGGACCGACAGCUAUACGCAUCCCGCUUCGCCCUCUGCUCCAAAUGCGCACACCGAGGCAGGAUCCGCUGGCCUGCAGAGGUCGGACAAGAUUGGCAUCGGCACCGGGAUUGGACUGAGCAUCGCGGCACUGGCACUUGUUGUAUCGGUCUGGUUCUGGUACACAAGACGCCUGCGUAAGCAACGCAAUAUGCGAGAAAAGGAGCUUCGAAAUCUCGCUCUGGGCGCAGAGCGACAGUUUGACCCUGCGAUUGUUGGGUUUCCAGACGAGAAAUAUCCAGAGAGACGCACGGCUAGCUGGGCAAACAUGCAAGAGAGAGCUCUGGGCACCUUUGGAGGCGGCACACUCCCGUGGAAAACCAGUGCAACUCACGAAGGCAAUGGCUUAAGACAGGCUGAGCGGACUGGAGCGUCAAUGGAAGUCCCAAGCCCAACUCGGGGGCUCAGAAGAAGUUUGCAUUCGCGAGGUCCCGGCUCGGGGGGCGUGUUCCAGCCUGCCGGCGCUCCUGGCGCGGUCUUCCGAAUCGAUGAAGAGGAAGAAAACAGCCAGAGCGGGUCGCUGCGAAAGACUCGAACGCCAAAGAACGCAGCCGAUCGCAGCUCGCAGUACAGCGACCCAUUCAAAGACCCGCCGCCAACCGCCGACUCAAAUGACCCAGCUGCGGAGCAGCGUCGCAGAGAAGUGCAAGGCUGGGUGGACGACUGGCAAUCGGCGGCAUCGUCAAUACUAUCGCGCAACCCCAGCCAAGCGCAGACCAACCGAACCUACUCGAAUUUGUCGCAAGCCCACUCGUACAUGCAGACCAAUCAAAACAGUAGCAGCAGUGGUGGCCCAUCAGGACGAGGCUCGCCAGAGAAGUCAGAUCGGACAGGUAGCAACCUGUCAGAGCGCAGCGCAUACUCUCAACUAUCGUUCCAGAGAUCGGUCAAUGGCACGGUAUCUCGGAAUCAAUCCCAGCGAAGUGCAAGCGCCGGCUAUACCAUCUUUUCCGGUGCUGCAGCCGCUAUGGGUCGCUUGGGCUUGAGCCGAAAUCAACAACAGCCUGACAGUGCAGGAUCGGGAAUUUCACGUGAAACAUCAAAGCGCAGCGUGUCAAUGCGAGAGUAUGGAUCGGCGGGUCCUGCACCAUCGAUGCGCGAGCGAGCGGAUACGUUUUCGUCCAUGCGCAGCGCGGUAGGGGCUAUUCAACCAGGCGAAGACCAUGCUCUGCUCGGAAGGCUGAAUACUCGACCUGGUACCGCCGACGACCAUUCAAAGCCGCCCGUAAGUCCGGUCAAAGAUCGCGAGGGCAAGUACGGGAGAGCGAGCAGCCUGACGCGCACGGGAGCCAUGGCGAUGGGGCUCCUGGGCAGCGUCAAGAGGGUCAUCACUGGCACAGGCGGAGUCAGCGUGCAUGAACGUGUGGCUGCUUUGGAGCACACGAGUCCCACCAAAUCCGCGAAGGAUGAGUCCCCUCAAAGACGGCUCAGUCCUAGCCAAGAGUUCUGGCGAGGGCAGAGGGGAGCCCAGGACUGGAAAGUAGUGGCUGGUGAGAUGGGCGCAGAAGGAGCCUCACAGUCACGGACGAUCCGGCGCAAACCUGUACCUAGUCCGGCGCAGCAGGACGAGGGAGACUGGGACGUGGAAUCGGCAGUCCAAAAUCGGGUGGUGCAGGUCAUGUUCACGGUACCCAAGGAAAAGCUGCGGGUGGUGAAUGCCGACGCGCUCAGCUUGUUGAGCAGCAACAAGAGUGAUGUCGAUCACGACGAGGAGAAAGAACGCGAGAAGGAAGUGAAGCGCAUGUCGAGCGUGCGCGAAGCAGACGAAGCUGAUACAGGUUGGAAGGGCAAGGAGCCUGAUCGAGGUUGA